AUGGACGAACGAGUGACACGCUCCCACAAGACCAAUGAUCGAGAUCAUUCAGCAAUUCAUGAUGGAGUAGCUGUGUCGCAAGAGCAGCUACCAAGGUACUUCGCCAAAUCUGGCCCUGUUGAUGCCGACCCCCGGAAAACCAAAAAGAAUGGAGGAGGAAAGAGGAACUGGGGGCGCUCUGGCGAUGAGGUCCAAGACUAUGAUUAUAACUUCACAAACGCUAGGCGAUACUCUAAUAGCAGUACCCAAGGCAUCGCAGACUUUAAAACAAAAUUCGAAACCAGAGAACCGGAGCCGGUAUUUGAAGAACAUCUGCAUGGAACAUUACACGAGGGCGCCAUUAUCGAUGGAAGCACUGUAACUAAAGUCGACAAUACCUGUUGCGAUAAUAGCGCCGAUAGUGGCAUCCAGAAAUCUUCAAUCGAAUAA